AUGUGGGGUGGACACGGUGGUCCUGGCGGCCCCGGCGGUUGGGGACCCUGGGGUACAAAGGCUAGCGGCAUCAACUGCGACGCAUGGACUACUUGGACGGCCGGCUGGGGUCCUUACUCCUCUUGGACGGGCACCUGGUCUGGCUGCAGUUCAACGACUGCUUCUCCUGUCCCUGCUACCAUCACCACCACUGUGACGACCGGCGGCUCGACUCAAGUCAUUACCGGCACCACAUUCGGCGUCCAGGCUGUCGCUGCUGCUACGACUGGCUCCAGCUCCGAUAAUGCUGCGCCUUCGCUCCGUGGUCUCGGCGCUUGUGGUGCCCUGGCCGCGGCCAUCUUCGCCACAAUGCUUGCGUUGUAG